UCUCUCCAUCCUGAGCUCAGAUGCAGUUAUCCAGGCAGCAGGGAGGAAGGCUUGCUAGUGACACUCACAGUGUUUGCAUGGGUGCAGAGAGACAGUGGGUUAGAGGAUUCCAGAACUGUCUCUGUUUUCUUCCCGUUUUUGCCUGCUGGUGGCCGUCUGUCACCUGGAGAGGGGGCGUGUUUCGUUGGAUGGCUGGUCUCUUUUGUUAAUGAGGCAAGCGUUCUGAGAGGACCACUGAGUGAUCUAAGAGCUGUAGAUUUCUGCGUGUGGAAACAGUGAGAGGACAGUCAUGGCUCACGCUGCGGCUCACAUUAAGAAGGCCAGGUCUGAAAUGGACCAACCUCCGGAUCUGAAGGCUCUGGAGAAAGCCAGAGAGAGGAGAAGGCGCUCCCGGGAACGGGCUGAACGCAAGCGCAAGUCGGACAGUAACACAAGUUUCCUGCGAGCAGCAAGAGCGGGGAACGUCGACAAGGUUUUGGAAUAUCUGAAAGGGGGCGUGGACAUCAGUACCUGCAAUCAGAAUGGUCUUAAUGCGUUGCACCUGGCAGCCAAGGAGGGGCACAUAGACCUGGUCCAGGAGUUGCUGGACAGGGGUGCAGCUGUGGACUCAGCCACAAAGAAAGGAAACACAGCGCUGCAUAUAUCCUCUCUGGCUGGCCAGGCUGACGUGGUGAAGAUCCUGAGCAAACGUGGUGCUGACAUCAACGCACAGUCUCAGAAUGGAUUCACUCCUUUGUACAUGGCUGCCCAAGAAAAUCAUCUGGACGUGGUGAGGUACCUGCUUGAGAAUGGAGGCAACCAGAGCAUUGCUACAGAGGACGGCUUCACCCCUUUGGCCAUCGCGCUCCAGCAGGGCCACAACCAGGUUGUGUCUGUCUUAUUAGAAAAUGAUACGAAAGGCAAGGUCCGCCUGCCUGCCUUGCACAUUGCAGCUCGUAAAGAUGACACCAAAUCAGCAGCCCUGCUCCUCCAGAACGACCACAACGCCGACGUCCAGUCGAAGAUGAUGGUCAAUAGGACUACUGAGAAUGGAAAGAGUGGAUUCACCCCCCUGCACAUAGCUGCUCACUAUGGGAACGUGAAUGUGGCCACGCUCCUGCUGAACCGAGGGGCAGCAGUUGACUUCACAGCGAGGAAUGGAAUCACUCCACUGCAUGUGGCCUCUAAGCGUGGCAACACAAACAUGGUUCGCCUGUUAUUAGACCGUGGCUCUCAGAUCGAUGCUAAAACGAGGGACGGCCUGACUCCGCUUCACUGUGCCGCUCGCAGCGGACAUGAUACGGCUGUAGAGCUGCUGCUGGAGAGAGGAGCGCCUUUACUGGCCAGGACCAAGAACGGGCUGUCCCCUCUCCACAUGGCGGCACAAGGUGACCACAUUGAAUGCGUCAAACACCUUCUACAGCACAAGGCUCCUGUUGAUGAUGUCACAUUGGACUACCUGACAGCACUGCAUGUGGCGGCUCACUGCGGUCACUACAGAGUCACCAAACUGCUGCUGGACAAACGGGCCAACCCUAACGCCAGGGCGCUGAAUGGCUUCACACCGCUGCAUAUCGCCUGUAAGAAGAACCGCGUGAAGGUGAUGGAGCUGCUGGUUAAAUAUGGAGCUUCAAUCCAGGCCAUUACAGAGUCGGGUCUGACGCCCAUCCAUGUGGCAGCCUUCAUGGGUCACCUGAACAUCGUCCUGCUCCUGCUGCAGAACGGGGCCUCGGCUGACGUCAGCAACAUUCGUGGAGAAACGGCCUUACACAUGGCAGCCCGCGCAGGUCAGGUGGAGGUCGUCAGAUGUCUCCUGAGGAAUGGAGCAAUGGUAGAUGCACGGGCACGUGAGGAGCAGACGCCCCUUCACAUUGCAUCCCGCCUGGGGAAAACUGAGAUUGUGCAGCUGCUGUUGCAGCACAUGGCCCAUCCUGAUGCUGCCACAACCAAUGGCUACACCCCCCUCCACAUUUCUGCCAGGGAGGGGCAGGUGGAGACUGCCUCAGUGCUGCUAGAGGCAGGGGCUUCACACUCACUAGCCACCAAGAAAGGUUUUACUCCGCUGCAUGUGGCCGCAAAGUAUGGAAGCCUGGAUGUAGCCAAACUUCUGCUACAGCGUCGCGCUCCUCCUGACUCCGCUGGGAAGAAUGGCCUCACCCCGCUCCACGUUGCAGCACAUUAUGAUAACCAGAACGUGGCGCUCCUGCUUUUGGACAAAGGAGCGUCACCGCACACGAUGGCAAAGAACGGCUACACUCCUCUGCAUAUUGCGGCUAAAAAGAACCAGAUGGAGAUCGCCACAGUGCUGCUGCGUUACGGAGCAGAGACUAACAUCCUGACCAAGCAGGGGGUCACUCCGCUCCAUCUGGCCUCCCAGGAGGGUCAUGCGGACAUGGCCGCUCUGCUUAUAACCAAAGGAGCUCAAAUCAACGUUCCCACCAAGAGCGGCCUGACUGCCCUUCAUUUGGCAGCUCAGGAGGACAAAGUGGCCGUUGCUGAGAUUUUGUCCAGAAACGCUGCCAACCUGGACCAGCAGACCAAGUUGGGCUACACACCGCUGAUUGUAGCAUGUCACUAUGGAAACGCAAAGAUGGUCAACUUCCUCCUUCAGAAUGGCGCAAGUGUCAAUGCCAAGACUAAGAACGGAUACACUCCCCUGCAUCAGGCAGCACAGCAGGGAAACACACACAUCAUCAAUGUGCUGCUGCAGUACGGAGCCAAACCCAACGCUACCACUGUGAAUGGCAACACAGCUCUGGGAAUUGCUCGCAGGCUGGGUUAUAUCUCUGUGGUGGACACACUGAGGGUUGUCACUGAAGAGAUCAUUACCACCACCACGACGGUGACGGAGAAACACAAGCUGAAUGUGCCAGAGACCAUGACUGAGGUCCUCGACGUGUCCGAUGAAGAGGGUGACGACACAAUGACAGGUGACGGAGGGGAGUAUCUGAGGGCUGAGGAUCUCCGGGAGCUGGGAGAUGACUCCCUGCCAGGACAGUACCUGGAUGGGAUGAACUACCUGCGCUUCAGCCUGGAGGGAGGACGAACUGACAGUCGAAUGCAAAGUUCAGACAGGUCCUUCACGCCCACUCACCACAGCUACUACUCUUCUAAACAUGAAGGCAUGAUGGAGGAGAUGCUCACCAGUCACCAGGUUUCAUCACUUGCCAGGGAGGCUGAGAGGGAUUCAUACCGGUUGAGCUGGGGCACAGAGAACCUGGACAACGUGGCUUUGUCCUCCAGCCCUGUCCAUUCAGGCCACUCCUCUCCGUGCCAUGAUCAUGGAGACCACAGCAGCUUCCUGGUCAGCUUCAUGGUAGAUGCCAGGGGCGGAGCCAUGCGCGGUUGUCGACACAAUGGCCUCCGCAUCAUCAUCCCGCCCAGGAAGUGCAGUGCCCCAACAAGAGUGACGUGCCGACUGGUGAAGAGGCACCGUCUGGCCACCAUGCCCCCGAUGGUUGAGGGGGAGGGUCUGGCCAGCAGGCUCAUUGAGGUGGGACCCUCUGGAGCCCAGUUCCUUGGUAAACUUCACCUCCCCAGUGCCCCUCCACCUCUAAAUGAGGGAGAGAGUUUGGUUACCAGAAUCCUCCAGCUUGGUCCACCGGGGACCAGAUUUCUUGGUCCUGUCAUUGUGGAGAUCCCUCACUUCGCUGCCCUCCGAGGGAAGGAGCGGGAGCUGGUGAUUCUGAGGAGUGAAACAGGAGAGAGCUGGAAGGAGCAUCACUGCGAACACACUCAAGAGGAGCUCAACCAGAUACUCAAUGGCAUGGACGAGGAACUGGAAACUCCUGAAGAGCUGGAGAGGAAACGCAUUUGCCGUAUCAUCACCAGAGAUUUCCCACAAUACUUUGCUGUGGUGUCACGCAUCAAGCAAGACAGUAAUCUGAUUGGUCCUGAAGGAGGCAUCCUCAGCAGCACUGUUGUACCACAAGUUCAGGCAGUUUUUCCUGAGGGGGCGCUCACCAAGAGGAUCAGGGUUGGACUGCAGGCCCAGCCAGUGAGCAUAGAUGUCGUAAGGAAGAUCCUGGGGAAUAAGGCCAGCUUCAGUCCCAUUGUCACUCUGGAGCCCCGCAGGAGAAAAUUUCAUAAACCCAUCACCAUGACGAUCCCUGUCCCCAAGAGCAACUCCGACCCGGUCCUCAACGGUUUUGGAGGGGACACACCCACCUUACGAUUGCUUUGUAGCAUCACCGGUGGAACAACGCCAGCCCAGUGGGAGGAUAUAACAGGAACUACUCCGCUAACUUUUAUUAAUGACUGUGUGUCCUUUACCACCAAUGUGUCUGCCAGGUUCUGGCUCAUAGACUGUCGCCAAGUCCAGGAAUCGGUCAACUUCUCCACUCAGGUGUAUCGUGAAAUCAUCUGUGUCCCUUACAUGGCCAAGUUUGUAAUCUUUGCCAAGACCCACGACCCCAUUGAGGCCCGAUUGCGCUGCUUUUGCAUGACUGAUGACAAGAUUGAUAAAACACUGGAGCAGCAGGAGAACUUCACCGAGGUGGCACGCAGCCGAGAUGUAGAGGUCCUGGAAGGCAAACCUAUCUAUGCAGACUGCUUUGGUAACCUUGUUCCCCUCACGAAAAGUGGCCAACAUCACCUCUUCAGCUUUUAUGCCUUUAAGGAGAACCGAUUAGCACUCUUCAUCAAAAUCAGAGACAACACUCAGGAGCCAUGUGGCCGCUUGUCAUUUAUGAAAGAACCGAGGAACUACAGGUCACUUGCACAAAAUGCUAUAUGCAACCUCAACAUCACACUUCCAUCAUACUGCAAGGAGUCUGAUUCAGACCAAGAACAAGAGGAAGAGACCAACAGACUGCUCGAGAAAUAUGAAGAGACGGAGACAUCAGUCCUGAAAUCAGAGCUGAUUCCAGAACCAGAUCUUCUAUCCGACGUGUCAGAGAUGAAACAAGAUUUGAUCAAAAUGACUGUCAUCUUGACUGCAGACUCCGCUGAGAAAUCUCCUUCCUUAGGAGGGUGUGGUCUAGAGAAAGGGACCGAGGAAGUUUCUGGAGAAGCGUUAGAAACAAUGGAAAAAGACUUAGAGAAAGUCAAAGAGGACCUAGAGAAAGUCAGUGAAAUACUGAGGAGUGGAACGUAUGAGGGUGAGGUGGCAGAGGAGGCAGCGAAAGCAGCUAGAAUGGCUGAGGAAUGGGUUCUCCUCUCAGACAGUGAGAUAGAAGAAGCCAAAAAGAUGGCAGCUUUAGAAAAUCAAGAGCCCGUCUUACGAGAAAGUAGAGGUAACAGAGGGACUCCCAGACCUAAAGCCAUCAAGGACAGUGGUGACCUUAAAGAAUACCUGCUGGAUGUACCAAUAAGCUCUAAAGUUAAAGCCAAAAAAGAGACAAGUUUCCAGGAAAGAUUCACUGAUGUUGUACUACGCAAAAGUACAAAACCAACCACUCCAACCAAAGUACAUGACAAACCCACCACUGGUGAUGUUAAAAAGCCAGUGAGACGGAAGGGAAAAGACCAGGGGAAGACAGAGGAACCGACAGAAGCAGGGAGUCAUCUAAGCGUGCCCACGGCCAAUGCCCCAGCAUCCCCUGUAUCCCCAGUGAUUGAAGAAACUCCCAUCGGAUCAAUAAAGGACAAAGUCAAAGCCUUACAACAGAAAGUGGAGGCAGAGCAAAAGAGCAAAAAGGUCACUGGAAGCAAACCUACGCAUUUGCCUGUAAUGAGCAAAUCCUCCCCAAAAGCCAAAGAAACCGCUAAGUCAAAGCAGGCCCCGCCUAAAUCCCCUAAAGCUGAUUCUGAAAAACUUGAGGAGACCAUGUCAGUUAAAGAGCUGAUGCAAGCAUUCCAAACGGGUCAAGACCCCUCAAAGAGAAAGUCUGGGCUAUUUGAGCUCAAAACAUCCUCUUCAUCCAAAUCAGAAAAAAGCACUAAAUCUGAAACUAUCCACACAAAAUCCACGACGAAAGCAGCAGCUUCACGUGUCUCUCAAGAGCGAGAAGUGUCAUUGGAUUCCAAACCCCAAAAGAAACUGAUCAGUCAGCAAGACAAAGACAUAAAACCCUCUGCUGAUUCAGAGCUAACUGACACUGUAGACUUUGGAAACGGUGGCCUUGAUGAUAGCUCUGGCAGCUUUAAACAUGAGGGUGUGGCAGACUCCCUAAGUUCUGGAAAUGGAACCUCUCAUUUGAGCUCUGAAGACAGUUACAAACAUGAGGGUCUAGCCACUCCGGGCACAAGCCCUGAAAGUCUAUGUCUUUCUCCCAAAACUGUAAAGCAGACCUCUACAACUUCGGCACCAGCUGCCACAACAGUAAAGAAAGAGAGUAAAGACACAGAGAAGGGUGGGGAUUCUGGUAUAGGGACCACUGGUGACCAACUCUCUCCAGAAUUGACCCUCCUUGUCUCUUCCAGCAAGGCUACAGAUGACCACACUACAAGUGAGUCUAUAUCUGUUAAGAGGAGUGAGUCAAAGCCAUCUAAACCACAAAAGCUUACAAAAAAAAUUUCAGAGACUAUAGAAACUUUUCUUAGCGAUGACGAAAGCCCUGAUCGUCAGCUAGUAUUGUCUUUAGUUGGGUCUUCAGCCCCUAGAUCCUCGUCUCAGCAUCACGAAAGCUUAGAUUUACUUUUAAAGCAAGACGCAGAUGCUCUCAGUCCAUUAGCUGAUGACUCUUUAACAAUAAGCCACAGAGACUCGUUAGAGGGUAGUCCUCUCAUGGAAGAAAAUUCCUCCCACAAAUCCCCAGACUCUAUUGAACCCAGCCCAACUAAGGAAUCACCUCCUCAUGACUCCUUAGAGAGCAGUCCUGUAGAGCUAAAAAGCUGCCCAAUAUUCCCACUAGGUCCACCUAGCAAAUCCUCUAGCCAUCCAGAGCCUCCCAAAGAUGCAGAAUUCCCUGAGGAAACUGUGCGCAGUAGGCUUCUUCGAGACCAUGAGGCUAGUGCUGAUGAUGACAGUUGUGAGCAGACGUCUCAGAUGACAAGUUCUGGUAAGAGCCCCCUCUCCCCUGACACUCCUAGUUCUGAAGAGGUAAGUUAUGAGGUAAACACCAAACCCCCUGAUCAUUCAUUCCUCUUUGCUCUAUCAAAACCGGCUGUCAUCCCUGAAGACCCAGAAGAAGAUAAUACAUCAGACAGCCAUGAAGCUAGGAGAAAGAUCACUCCUGAGGAAGAGAUGUUUAAGAUGGCAGCCAAAAUAAAAACAUUUAAUGAAAUGGAACAAGACGUGAAGAGCAAAACAAAGUCUAGAAAAGAUUUGUUUUCUCCAGCAGAUGCCAAAAUAGGGGAUGACAGCUGUGAAAGUGAGAAGCUAUCGCAAAGUGAAUGUGGGUUCAGUACACCCACAGAGGAUUCAAAAUUAGCUCUUUUUGUUGAUCCCCUUAUUAAAGUACAACCUCCCUCUCCUUUUUCAGCAGGUUUGAAUGAUGGAUCCCACAGCAAAGAGGCCAAGAGCACAUCAUCAGCCAGUGUCACCUCAGAGGGACCUCACUCUGUCUCAGACCAGCAUCAUUCAAAAUCCCAACUGAAAAAAGAAGAAAGUUGCCCACUAUCUGGAAAAGUCGAUAAAGACAAUAGCAACACAAAGGCAUCAUCAUCAAACACUAAAAAUAGGACUGAUGAGCAGAAGGAAGAAAGCUUGAGGAAGUCAAGGGAAAGUAGAGGAGAUGAUACGCAUGGUCAGGAGUUAGAGAUUAGUGAGCCACAGACAGGUGUGCUGAAAAGAUGUAGUAAUGUAACAGAUGAAGUUAAAGGAGAUCAGGCUGGACUCUGUGAAACUGUUAUUACAAGUAAGACACGGGAAACGUUUAAACCAGAGGUCUGUAUCUAUGAUGACACAGAGGAGGACGACGAGACACUGGAACUUCCCAGGACCGAGUCAAAAGGUGUCACUGCAAGGGUAGAUACAGACUCUUGGUCUGCAAUGCGGGAGGAUGAUGCCACAUUUGAAGCUCGUGUAAAAGAGGAGGAACAGAAGAUACUGAAUCUGGUUGUUGACCGUCAGUCUCAGCAAGCAACUCCAGACACCACACCUGGUAGGACACCAACAGAAGAGAGCACUCCCACCAGUGAGCCCAAUCCUUUUCUAUUCCAAGAAGGGAAGCUAUUUGAGAUGACCCGCAGUGGUGCUAUUGACAUGACAAAGAGAAGCUACGAGGAAGAGGCUGUUGGCUUUGCCUUUUUCCAGAUAGGAGAACAGCCUUUAGAGGAGCCUGUCUUAGAAGAGGCCAGACAAGAGAGUCAAAGAUCUGCUACAGAACCGGAAGUUGGUCUCAAUUUAACACUAGAGGUUAAGACUGAUAACAGUGAGCAAUCCAAAGAAACAGCUGAUUCACAGCUUCAGUCCUCGCCUGAAAAUGAACAGCCAAGCUGCAAAGCUGAUGCCUCCAAAUCUAAAAUCCCCAAAAUGGGCAUUUCAGCUUCAACUAAACCUACAAAGAAAGAUCAGACAUCCCCAGAACUUCUAGAGAUGAAAACAGAGAUAACUGAAAGAUCCUUAGAUUUAGACACAAGUUCCCUUGAUCAAAUGAUAACAAAUGUACAGACAGCAGAUACUACUAUCACUAGAUCAGUUUACUCUGAGCAGGGGGAAGAGUCCUCUGAUUCUUCUCCAGAGGAACCACAGUCAGUAAUAGAAGCCCCCAAAACAACAGGAAAAUCCAAACAAAGCGCUUCCAGUAGUGUUAAAAAGACUCCAGUCAAAGCACCAGCUAAGCCUACUUCUUCUCAAGGCCGCGGUAAAUCAACAGUUCAUUCUCCAUCUCAUGCAGUUUCCCCUUCAAGCACUCUUAAAAAAGAGGCCAUCUCUACUUCUGAAUCUAAAUCUAGAAUUCCAGUUAAAGCUAGCACUAUCAAGCCUGACUCUACUGUCAAACGUGCUGAAAAUAACCAAGACAAAAAACUUAAGGUCCCUGUGAAAAAGGAUACAAGGAGAAAAUCUGAGACAGAUGCAGGUCCCUCUGUGGAUGUCAAAACCAAGACUCCAUCUUCCAAAGCCAAGAGUUUCUGUGAGGGGGAGUCUCCCAGGUCGUCUUCUAAAAAAGAACAGGGUCGUCCUUUGAGUGCAGAGUCGGCAAAAUCUAAGGGUUUUCAGUCCAGAUUGCCAGUCCGAGGCAAAAGUGGUCAGUCGUCACAUUCAACAACACCCACUAAAGAAAAAAGGGAGCUGUAUAAAGAGCCCGUUGAGUUCUUUGAAGAGAUAAGUGAUGAAGCAGCAAAACUGGUGGCAAGGUUGGCACAGUCAGAGGCAGACAAAGAGCAAGAGGUUGCAGCCACCAUCUCAGAUGAUGAGAGCAGUCUCAUUGAUCCUUCAGUCAUAGAAAGAGAACAUUUCCCAGAGAUGCAGUUCCCUCCCUCAGGAGACAUCUUUCCCAUUAGACCACUGUGGGAUGAACCUGUUGAGACACAGAUGCAGCGAAUCCCAGACGAUAAAGUCCAAAGUCAAGUAGAUCCACAGGAUGAAGCAGAGAGAAAAGAACAACGGUUGGCCAUUAUAGCUGACCACCUUGGCUUCAGCUGGACGGAGUUAGCACAGGAGCUUGACUUCAGUGAGGAGAGGAUCAAUGAGAUAAGAACUGGAAAUCCCAACUCACUUCAAGACCAAAGUCAUGCUCUUCUGAAAAUCUGGACAGAGAGGGAGGGAAAUCUUGCCACAGAAGCAACACUUAUCAAAAGACUGACAAAGAUCAAUCGAAUGGAUAUUGUUCACCUUAUUGAAAGCAGGACGUCUGAUGAAGAAACCUCACAUACGUAUGCAGAAAUUGAGUGGACCAUAGCACAGGACCAUAGUGAAGGUUUCUCUGCUCUUCAUGAAGACAUUGACAGCCCCAGGAUUAGCAAGCGUACAGAGGCUGCAAAAAAGAAUCCAUGCUCAGGACAACAGGUACCUAUAGUGUCAGCAGAAGACCUUUCAUCCAGUUUGUCAUCACUUCAUGAGACAACAGGACGGUCUGUGACAGACUCCACAGCAGCAGGCCUUCUUAGAACUGUUCACGAAGACAAGCCACAAAAAGAGAUGGAGACAACACACUUAUCACAAAGAAUAUAUGAGGAAAUGACAGACUUGGUACACACUGGCAGUUUUAAACAAGCCGAUAAUCUGCCAGACAUCCCACUGCAGACCCUGACAGAAGAGAAGUACACAGAUGAAGAUGGCAACAUGGUAGUUAAGAAAGUCACGCGGAAGGUCAUUCGUAAAUAUGUGUCUCCAGAUGGCAUGGAAACACAGGAAGUGACCGUCGAAGGCUCUCGCCAGGAGUCGAUCCAGAUAGAGGAGGGAGAUGCUGUUUCAAAAGUGGUGAAGAGAACUGUGCUUCACAGUGAAGGCGAUCAGAAAGAGCUGACCUUUUCAGAGUCCCCAGCUCCGAGCACUGCCACAGCGUCAGAGUUUGAAGUGGAGCCAGUGCAGGGUAGAAAGGUCAGCAAGGUUGUCAAGACAACUGUGGUGAGAGGCGAGAGGAUGGAGAAGCAUACAGGAGACCCGUCACUGGCUGCAGAUCUCCCUUCAGCCAGAGAGGACUUUGAGAAGGCAAUGAGUUAUGCUGGAGGAUUUGGGAAAGUGCUAAUGCCGCAUAUAGUAGAGAAAGAGAUUGUGCAGGAUGACGGUUCUGUGGUUAAAAGAAGCCAGAUGCGUAAUUCACGCACCCAGAAGAGGACCGUGGUGAGGGAUGCUCAGGGGAAGCAUGUGCACCUAGAGCGCCUGGACAACACCGCAGAUGCCCUGCAGCCUGAUGCACUGCAGCAGCACCUGCACCGACUGCUCCAGCGCUACUGUGAGGACACCCAGGAGGAGGAGGAUGAAGAAGAGGAUGAGGAGGGGGAGGAGGAGGGGGAUGAAAACCUUAACUGAGCAGCUGCUUCCACUGAUCUACAUUUUCCACUAAAGCUUUUGGUGACGUACACUUCCUCAGAUCAAACUGCCCCUGCUCAUCACUGGAGUCCAGUUUUUCUUUCUUCUUCUUUGGUUUGUCAGAUAUUGGAACCGUAUUUUUGUGCUUUAACAAUAGAUGUUCGCUCUGAUUGUGACCAAAGAUAGCCACCCUCACUGUCCUGAUGAUUUUUGUUGGUGUUUCGCUUCCUGUGGCUGCUUUGAUGUGAUUUAGGUACGAUGCACCGAAGGCGGAUUAGAAAUAAAAGGGGCAUCUCGGAUGUGUCGCCUCACGCACCGGCCUCUUCUUGAAGAACUCUUGUAAACAUUUGUACAUAGGGGAGUUGACAACAAAGAGUCACGCUUGGACUGGAAAAUUCAAAGCAUUUACCCUGUUAGCCCACCUAAACCUGCUGUACAUGCACCGAUGCAGCUGGAGAAUGGCCACAGUACACAUGAGAUUAAUGUCAGACAGAGAAUAAAGUGAAGAGAGUGAAAGUGUGCGUAUCAGAAACUCAGCCAAACAUCAACCUGCCGAUCUGUUUACAAAGGCUGUGUGCUCACACCUUUUGUCUUCCCACAAUGCAUCUGCCCUUAUUUUAUCUACGUGUCUGUCCUUCUCACACGUGUGUCACACGGCUGCCACCUCUGUGUGGAGUGUAUACAGAGCGUCUACGGAGAGAGAAAGUAGUGAUAAUGAAUGUGUUGGUGCAGCACUCAUCUCCUCGUGUUUCAUGUUGGUGCUUUUCCUUACCUGCAGCUACACGUGCUGUUUUCACACCUUUUAAAGGACAGGUUUGACUGUGUCAUUGUCAACUAAUCUAUAGAAAAACCCCAAACCACCUCUGUUUUUACUCCUCUGCUGCACAGAGCUCUGUCAUUGGCCAUGCAUAUGGACACGCAGCUGAAAAUAGUCCCAGUACAUUUCAACAACAUUUCCUCCAGCUUGCAACACUGAGUUUAAUAUAAAAUGAAGUGUUGAGUCUGUGAGAAAAUGGACAGUUUGGUUUUGAUUUAUUAUUAAAAAUGGCACCACAGGUUUCAUAGUCUCAGCCUUUAAGUGUUCUUCAAGUUCAUUUAGUAAAUUAUGGACCCACUGAGGUGAAAUAGACAUUGGAGCAAAAACCCUAUGAGUAUGCAUUUGGUAACAGUGGGAAGGAAGAACUCACUAUCAACAGGAAGAGACCUCUGGUAGUAAUUAAGAAACAUAAAGAGACGAUGAACAGCCCACAGGUUCUAAUUAGAUCAACUCCUCGCUCCAACGGAUGCUCCAAGACGAUGGUGUCAAACAAGGCUCCAGAAACCAGUGGGUCCUUUUAUAGUCUGGUUAUGGUCCCAGUGAGCAAGUCAGAAAGUGAUGGCAGAGCUGGAAGGUAACACUGUUGGUUUGGGGCUUCUCGUCAGGUUUGUAGACACGUAACAGCAGGCUUGUCCUUUAGUUUUGUUUUUUAAAAACAGAUAAAUAAUGUAGUUGUGUAUUCGACUGUUUCUUGUCAUCACUGUUAUCACGUUUGACUUAAAAGCCACUUUAAAUCCAGGCCGAGGCCAGCUUUACCAACUUCAUUUACGACACCUCUAUUUCUUUAUUUAUUUAUUGCUGUGUGUGUGUGUGUGUGUGUGUGUGUGAGAGACAGAGAGAGAGAGAGAGAGAGAGAGUUUGGAUGUAUUUUAAAGCUACAGGUAAACCUUUGUUUGUUUGUUUCUUUGCCAUCGCAGACAAACAGUUGUGUUGUUAUAAGGUGGCUACGACGCAUUCAGACAUGUGUGUUUGGUGUUCAUCUACGUAUUUUCCGUGUAAUAAUACAAUCCACGUGUUGCCAUUUACUUUGAGUGUGAUGGAAGAAUAAAAGAAAUGUCAAAAAGAGCAAACUGAUUUGAUAACUGAGCAUCUUAAUUCCAUGGUGAUAACAAUAUAUACAUAUUAACAGUGCAAAUAUUUAUGCGGGCAUGUAUGACUUUAUCAAAUGAUGACUUAAAAAAUAAACCUAAACGCUAAUGAGGUAAAAGCUGCAGUGUGUUUGUGGCACGACAAUAAAACUGUACAUGUGUCAAAUGA